AUGUCGGCACUUAGGCAGAGGGCAGCACAGCUUGCCAGGCAGGCCCGGACAGCCCGGCCCAUCGCCGCCCAGAACACCAGGUCGUACGCCUCGAGCCAUGGCCACGCCGCCCCCCACACCGUCGAGGAAUCACUCGGACCUGGAUUCUUCAUCGCCAUGGGCACGUUCGUCGGCACCGUCUUCGUUUACCAAAUCUCGCGCCCUGGCGAGAACGGCGAGCUCUCGGCCCUGCACAAGUGGGUUCAGAAGGUCUCGAACUACGGCACAGAGUGGGAAACGAAGAACCACCUGAUGUCGGCGGCCCUCCAGCAGGCGGCUCGCGACAAGCACCUCCUCUACACGGCUGACCGGAGCACGUACCACGAGCUGUCCUACCCUGAGGUAUUCACACACGGCUCGCCCUUUAAUGUCCCAGCCGGACACUACCCGAACAUUAACAAGGUAGUUGCCCACUACCAGAAGCAGCACCACGAAGACGAGGCGCGCAAGGCAAAGAAGCUAGCGGCGGCGGCGGCUGCGUCGGCGGCCUCUGAGUAG